UAACCUCAGCACCAAUCAGUUUUUAUGGAGACUACGCUGUUGCAAGAGACUAGGUGGAUGUAUGUGAAUGCUUGGUGAGGCACACACACACAGAGAGUGAGAGACAUGUAGUGAGUUCAGUCUUACCUCAGAAAAACCUUUAGAUUCCAGAAUAGUUGCAAGAUGGUGCAGCUUGGAGGCGUCCGUCGCAUAUUUUUAAUCACACACAUAUCGAGACAGAACGUGUGCUUGGCUGAAGAGUGAAAAUGUUCUGUACUGUUUAUCCUGACGUCAGUAAGCACGUCUUGAACUACUGCUGCUGUCUCGCAACUACGUUUCAGAAAGAAUUAGGGAAUCGAUAGGCUGGAGUCCACAAUUUGCACAUCGGUCCUCCCGGAGUCACUGAAAUUAUUUCUGCAUCUAUUCCAAACUGGACUAAAACAGCACAAUGAACAACUGUGCAUUUCUACUGAUCCUGGCCGUUCAAAUCUACGCCGAAGGCAUAGAGGGACCAACAGCAGGCUGCACCUUUGACGAGGAUUCUGAGCCCAGUCUGUGUGACUUCACCCAAGGGGAGGAGGAUGACUUUGACUGGCAGCUUUUCAGGACACACAACUCACCCUACGCCUCUGACCUCCUGUGUGGUUCAUAUAUGCUGGUGAACUCUUCCCAGCAUGCUGCAGGGCAUCGCGCCCAGCUCCUGCUGCAGACGCUGAGUGAAAACGACACACACUGCGUCCAGUUCAGCUACUUCCUGUAUAGCCGCGAUGGCCACAGUCCAGGGGCACUGCGGGCGUACGUUCGGGUCAACGGCGGCCCGCUGGGUAGCCCAGUAUGGAACACGUCGGGGUCCCACGGACGACAGUGGCACCAAGUGGAGCUGGCUGUCAGCACCUUCUGGCCCAAUGAGUACCAGGUCCUGAUCGAAGCGACUGUUUCCAGGGAGCGGCGAGGCUACAUCGCCAUUGAUGACAUCAUGCUCCUGACCUAUCCCUGUUAUAAGGCGCCCCACUUCUCCCGGCUGGGGGAUGAGGAGGUCAACACUGGGCAGAAUGCCACCUUCCAGUGUGUGGCAUCGGGCCGGGCAUCGGAAGCUGAGAAGUUCCUCCUGGAGAGGCACAGUGGGGACGUGACAUCUACAGCCUUGGUCAAGCACCUGAGUCACCGGCGCUUUGUGGCGUCAUUACAGGUGGACAGUGUGCAGUGCAACAACCAGGACCUGUACCGAUGUGUCACCCAGUCCUCCAGGAGCUCUGGGGUCUCCAACUUCGCUGAACUCAUCGUCAAAGUUCCCCCCUCCCCUAUCGCGCCCCCACAGCUGCUGCGAGCGGGCUCCACAUAUCUGAUCAUCCAGCUCAACACCAACUCCAUCCUGGGAGAUGGCCCUAUUAUCAGGAAGGAGAUUGAGUACCGGGCCAGCCAAUCACCUUGGUCCGAGGUCCAUGGGGUCAACAUGGUCACCUACAAGCUGUGGCACCUGGACCCAGACACGGAGUAUCACAUUAGUGUGUUGCUGACCCGGCCCGGAGAGGGCGGCACCGGACCACCUGGACCACCCCUCGUCAGCAGAACUAAGUGUGCAGAACCCACACGGGCCUUGCGAAGUCUCACAGCCUCAGAGAUCCAGUCCAGGCAGCUGACCCUGCAGUGGGAGACACUGGCCUACAACUUGACCCGCUGCCACACCUACUCUGUGUCCCUGUGCUACCGCUAUGCCACUGCAGGGGGUGGCGGUGGGCACAACACUACAGUGCGUGAGUGCCUGGCGGUUGAGCACAAUGCCUCACGCUUCACCCUGCGCGACCUGCCAGCCUACCACUCCAUCCAGGUCCGUUUGGCGCUCGCCAACCCUGAGGGCAAGAAGGAGGGUCGGGAAGUCACCUUCCAGACUGAAGAGGACAUUCCCGGUGGCAUCACCCCUGAAUCGCUGACCUUCACCCCCCUGGAAGACAUGAUCUUCCUCAAGUGGGAGGAGCCAGUGGAACCCAAUGGUCUCAUCACCCAGUAUGAGAUCAGCUAUCAGAGCAUUGAGUCGUCUGACCCAGGCAUCAAUGUGCCAGGACCUAGGAGAACAGUGUCGAAGCUGAGGAAUGAGACCUAUCACAUGUUUUCCAACCUUCACCCUGGCACCACAUAUCUGAUUUCUGUCCGUGCCCGCACAACCAAGGGCUUCGGCCAGACCGCCCUAACUGAGAUCACCACCAACAUUUCUGAUUCCCAAUACUGCAGUCUCUCUAUCCGAGCUCCAAUGUUUGACUAUGGAGACAUGCUGUCCCCUCUGAGUGAAACUGAGAGCACGAUCACUGUGUUGCUUCGCCCCGCUUUGGGCAGGGGAGCACCCGUCAGUACGUACCAGGUUGUGGUAGAGGAGGAGAGUGACAGGAAGGUGAAGAGGGAACUGGAGGUUCAGGACUGUUACCCUCUACCCAUGUCCCAUGGGGAGGCCCAGGCCAGAGGGACCCCCCACUACUACACGGCCGAGCUGCUUCCCAGCAGCCUGCCUGAAGCCAGCCCCUUCACCGUGGGGGACAACCACACCUACAAUAGCUACUGGAACACCCCGCUGGACCCCCGCAAGAGCUACCUCGUCUACUUCCAGGCCAUGAGCAACUUCAGAGGGGAAAGCAGAAUAAACUGCAUCCGAAUAGGCCGCAAAGAGGCCUGUAAGGAACACCGGCGGGCUCUGGAGGUGUCCCAACACUCAGAGGAGAUGGGGCUGAUCCUGGGGGUGUGUGCUGGGGGCCUGGUGGUGCUCAUCCUGCUCCUGGGGGCCAUCAUCAUCAUCAUCAGGAAGGGGAAACCAGUGAACAUCAAUAAGACACCCAUAAUGUACCGUCAGGAGAAGAGUAACAUGGGUUCGAUGGAGCGCAGUUUCACUGACCAGAGUACCCUGCAGGAGGAUGAGUGUGUGGCCCUCUCUGCAGCACGCAUGGCACACACCUGCAGCAUGCGCGGUGAGCAGUGUAGCUCAGUGAACGAGUCUAGUAGUCUUCUGGGGGGUUCGCCGCAACGCCAGUGUGUGCGUAAGGGCUCACCCUACCACACCGGUCAGCUCCACCCUGCUGUGCGCGUGGCUGACCUUCUCCAGCACAUCAACCAGAUGAAAACUGCAGAGGGGUACGGCUUCAAACAGGAGUACGAGAGCUUCUUUGAUGGCUGGGACUGCACCAAAAAUAAGGACAAAACUAAAGGGAGGCAUGACACGUUCAUGGGAUGCAAGUCAUCAUGGACAUGCCAGCCUUCUUGGGACGAAUGCACUGAUCACCACAACCGCCACAGAGUCAAGCUCUACCCACUCCUGGGAGACCCCAACUCCGACUACAUCAACGCCAACUACAUAGACAUUCGGAUUAACAGGGAAGGCUACCUUCGAUCCAACCACUUCAUAGCCACUCAGGGGCCAAAACAGGAGACAGUGUAUGACUUCUGGAGGAUGGUGUGGCAGGAGAACUGCUUCAGCAUCGUCAUGAUCACUAAACUGGUAGAGAUAGGCAGGGUGAAAUGCUGUAAAUACUGGCCUGAUGUCAGUGAGAUGUAUGGAGACAUCAAGAUUACACUGCUGAAGCUGGAAACACUUUCAGAGUACACAGUUCGUACUUUUGCAUUGGAGAGGAUGGGCUACUCAGCUAAACACGAGGUGUGUCAGUUCCACUUCACGUCCUGGCCGGAGCAUGGGGUUCCCUACCAUGCCACAGGCCUGCUGGCCUUCAUACGGCGGGUCAAAGCAUCCACGCCAACCGAUGCUGGACCUGUGGUCGUCCACUGCAGUGUGGGGGCGGGCCGCACAGGCUGCUACAUCGUGCUGGACGUCAUGCUGGACAUGGCCGAGUGUGAGGGUGUGGUGGACAUCUACAACUGUGUCAAAACCCUCUGCUCACGACGCAUUAACAUGAUCCAGACAGAGGAGCAGUACAUAUUUAUCCAUGAUGCCAUCCUGGAGGCUUGUCUGUGUGGAGAGACUGCAAUCUUGGUGAAUGAGUUUGCACUCAUCUACAAAGACAUGCUGCGGUUGGACUCUCAGAGCAACUCCUCCCAGCUACGAGAUGAGUUCCAGACGUUGAACUCGGUCACCCCUCACCUGGACGUGGAGGAGUGCAGCAUCGCCCUGCUCCCCAGGAACCGGGAGAAGAACCGCAGCAUGGACGUGCUGCCGCCCGACCGCGUCCUGGCAUUCCUGGUCACCACCGAGGGCGAGAGCAACAACUACAUCAACGCGGCACUCACUGACAGCUUCCACCAGCCCGCCGCUUUCAUCGUCACCCCUCACCCGCUCCCCGGCACCACCGCCGACUUCUGGAGGUUGGUGUUCGACUACGGCUGCACCUCGGUGGUCAUGCUCAACCAGCUCAACCAGUCCAACUCUGCCUGGCCCUGUGUCCAGUACUGGCCAGAGCCUGGUCUACAGCAGUAUGGGCCAAUGGAGGUUGAGUUCUUGUCCACGUCAGCUGACGAUGACGUCAUCACUCGUCUGUUCUGUGUCAAAAAUGUGACACGGCUCCAGGAGGGCCAGCUGGUAGUGUGUCAGUUCCAGUUUCUGCGCUGGUCAGCCUACCGCGACGUGCCCGACUCCAAGAAGGCCUUCCUCAGCCUACUGGCUCGCGUGCACAAGUGGCAGAGGGAGUGUGGAGAUGGCCGCACCGUUGUCCACUGCCUGAAUGGCGGUGGGCGCAGUGGGACAUUCUGUGCCAGCACCAUCCUGCUGGAGAUGAUCCAGUACCAGAACAUGGUGGACAUCUUCUACUCCAUCAAGACGCUCCGCAACUCCAAACCCAACAUGGUGGAGUCACUGGUAACCAUGGUUGACAGAGGAAGAACAAUGAUUCCAAGCACCACCCUCCUUUUGAAGCUUCCAGUCUGUUAUUCGAACUCAAUCAGCAUGACAGAGUGAUCUCCAGCCUUGUCCUCGCCAACACUCACACCUGUGUUAACGAGAGAAUCACUGACAUGAUGUCAGCUGGUCCUUUUGUGGCAGGGCUGAAAUGCAGUGGAAAUGUUUUUGGGGGAUUCAGUUCAUUUGCAUGGCAAAGAGGGACUUUGCAAUUAAUUGCAAUUCAUCUGAUCAAUCUUCAUAACAUUCUGGAGUAUAUGCAAAUUGUAUAAUGGCAAUCUGAGGCAGUAGACUUUGUGAACAUUUAUAUUUGUGUCAUUCUCAAAACUUUUGGCCAAGACUGUACAGUCAAUAAUACAAGUAGAAAAAGUAUAUACACAGGUUUUGCAAAUGAGGUAAGAUAAGGGAGGUAAUACAAUAAAAUAGACCAUAGUGGCGAGGUAAUUACGAUAUAGCAAUUAAACACUGGAGUGAUAGAUGUGCAGAAGAUGAAUGUGCAAGUAAUGUAUUCUAGUCUGUCGACAAAAGUCUACCUAACAAAAAUGUAAACACAACAUGUAAAGUGUAUGUUCCAUAUGCAUAAAUUCCAUAUUUCUCUCAAAUGUUGUGCACAAAUUUGUUUACAUUCCUGUUAGUGAGCAUUUCUCCUUUGCCAAGUUAAUCCAUCCACCUUGUAUUACAUUUACAUUUACGUCAUUUAGCAGACAGGUGUGACAUGACAGGUGUGGCAUAUCAAGAAUCUGAUUAAACAGCAUGAUCAUUACACAGUUGCAUCUUGUGCUGGGGACAAUAAAGGGCCACUCAAAAAUGUGGUGUUUAGUCACACAACACAAUGACACAGAUGUUUCAAGUUUUGAGGGAGCAAGCAAUUGGCAUGCUGACUGCAGGAAUGUCAACCAGAGCUGUUGCAAGAUAAUUUAAUGUUAAUUUCUGUACCAUUAGCCGCAUCCAACGUCGUUUUAGAGAAUUUGGCAGUACGUCCAACCGGCCUCACAAUCUCAGACCAUGUGUAACCUGGCUCCCAAGUGGGUGGGCCUAUGCCCAUCCAUGGCUGCGCCCCUGCCCAGUCAUGUGAAAACCAUAGAUUAGGGUCCCAGGAAUUUAUUUAAAUUUACUGAUUUCCUUAUAUGAGCUGUAACUCAGUAAAACCAAUUAAAUUGUUGCAUGUCGCGUUUAUAUAUAUUUUUUGUAAAGUAUUAAAGGAGCACCAUAUUUAACGGGAUGACUUAAAGAUACAAUAAAUGUAAUAAAAACCCUAUUGAAUGACAUUUCGACGAGAAAAUCUGUUGGCUCAGCCAGUGGGAGGGUUUUCAGCAAUUGAAUUACAUUUAUUUAGAAUACCGAAAAAGGUACGUCUGAUUACUAAAUACUGAGAGGAGUGUGGGAAAGGCAUGUGUAGGAAAGGCUACGUAGGUAUCGGGCCUAAGAUGACAUUGAAUUUCAAUUCAAGACUUAUAAAGUUAUCUUUUAUUGAAGCUUUUUAAAUUUUUCAGUUCCUGAGUUUAAAUGGAUUUGAUCCUAACCCUACAUAUCACUACCAUUGUUGAUGUAUGUAACUAAUGCAUGUACGUGUAUAUU